AUGCAUCCGGCCCAUGUCAUUAGAGAUCCUUCCCCCCUUGAUUGGCGCCCCGGUAACUUAUCAUACCCACUCCGCUCUCUACACGCCCCUCAUAGCCCAGGUAAUUAUUCCUUUCUUUGCGGUGUCUACUUUUCGGUUUCUUUUUACCUGAUCCACUACGAUCUCUCCGGCAAGGUGUUCUUCUUCCUUAUCUACAACUUUCCUCGGCCUUUCCAGAACAUCAACCAUCCAAGCGAAUCCAACAGCGAGGCGACAGAUUCUUUGUCCAAGGUAAGGAUCGAAUCAAACAUCAACCCGGAGAAUCAAGAGGAGAUCUGUUCUGGACAACUUGACGACAACGAGAUGGAACAAGGUGCGGGCGUUAUUGAGCCACUGGCCGAGGGCGAAUGGCAGAGCGGGGAGGAUACAGCCACGUCGGAUUAUGACCCCAGCAUAGCCGAGUCGCGGUAUGGCUCUCUCACAUCCAGCGUGAACGACCACAUCUGGGAAUAUGGAAGGCGAUACCAUACGUUUCGCGAAGGAAGAUACCCAUUACCCAACGACGACCUCGAGUACAACCGCGAAUACAUGCGACAUGCCAUGUUCAAGGAGAUGCUGAAAGGAAAGCUAUUUGUUGCGCCGAUCGGAAAUCAUCCCCAAAAGAUUGCCGACCUUGGGACCGGAUUUGGCGACUGGGCUAUCGAGAUGGGAGAGAUGUUUCCUAGCGCCAGAGUAGUAGGCGUUGACUUGUCUCCAAUUCAACCUGUCUGGAUCCCGCCAAAUGUCGAGUUUGUGGUAGACGAUAUCGAAGACGAAUGGGUGCAAGACUCGGACUUUGAGUUUAUCCAUCUGCGCUAUGUCAGUGUUACGCUCAAGGACAACGCAACGCUAUUCCGGAGGAUAUUCGAGAACCUCAAGCCUGGCGGUUGGGUCGAGUCCGUAGAAGUGAACCCGCACGUUUUCAGCGAUGAUAACACCGUUAACCCUGAUCACGCGCUGUUGAGAUUUCAUGAAGUAGGGAGCGAGGUUCUCUCAAGCAGAUACGGAUUCGAGGUUGAUAUCGCCGAGCACCUCCCAGAGUUGAUGCAAAGAAUAGGUUUCAUUAACGUGCGGAAAACCGUCAUGCACGUACCGGUGGGUGAGUGGCCCAGGGAUCAGCAUCAGCGCAUCAUAGGCCGGCUCAUGAAGGAGGUAAGCAUGGACCUAUGUGUUGCCAUGUCGGCAAGGCCGUUCAUCGAAAACGGAAUGGAGGAGAAGGAGAGAGAGGAACUCCAAAGCAGUGUGAAGGCUGUGCUCAACGACCGGCGGGUCCAUGCGCAGGUCCUGAUGUACUUCAUAAUAGGCCAGAAGCCGCCAUUGAGUGCGAAUCCCAGUACAACCAGUUUCGGCAGUAGUCAGCAGCAGCAGACGUAGGGAAAUUGGGCGAGGAAGCGGUAAACAAAAGACAGAAUUCUGAUUCUAAGGUGUUACUUCGAUUUCGAUGUCGACAUGUCACAUCGCCUUUUUCAGUCAAACCAUACUGUCGGG